AUGUCUAUAUUGAUGACAUCAAUAAUUACCGAUUAUUUAAGUCCAAUUCAAUGGAUAGUUCUAACAUUAAUUACAAUUGUUUCAGUGCUAACAUACUAUCAUUUCAAAUGGAAACGUCUAUUAAGCUAUUGGAGUGCACGCAAUAUUGACGGUCCAAAACCGUUAUCCAUUUUUGGCAAUCUAUUGGACAAAUAUUCAACAGCCAAACCCUUACUAGAGUUACAAUGGUAUCGACAGUUUGGUCGUCUUUACGGCACAUACACGGGUCCACUGCACGAUCUAACCAUCGCUGACCCGGAGCUCAUCAAACAAAUACUGGUCAAAGAUUUUCAUCGCUUUCGCAAUCGACGUGAUGUGAGAAUAUCGGAGCAAUCGUCUCGGGAACCGAUGAUGAAUCACAUGUUCUCUGCACGUGACGACACGUGGAAACGUUUGCGUGCAAUAGCGUCGCCAACAUUUACAUCGGGACGACUCAGAAAACUGUUUGGACUGAUAGGCGAGUGUUGCGAUGAUUUUGUCGACCAUUUGGAUGGGUUGGCCGAACGCCGGGAGCCGAUUGAUGCUAAAAAAGUUAUGGGCCACUUGACUAUGGAUGUAAUAGGCCGGUGCGCAUUUGCUACCAAACCCAAUACGUAUACUGAUCCCGACGACCAGUUUACACGAUCGGCAAACAGUUUAUUCUAUAUACCGUUGUGGCGAAUAGUACUGUUGAUUGUAUUGCCCGCAAAGCUCAUGAGUCAACCGUUUUUCUGGCGACGACUACUUAGGUUGGGUGGUGUCGACUUUUUUAUCAACCUAUCCCGCAAACUCAUGGCACACCGGCGCCAAACAAAUACCAAAUACAAUGACUUUUUACAGCUUCUAAUGGAUGCCGAACACAAUAAUAAUGACAGUGUCGAGCACAGGGAGGCCAGCGAUGCGAACGAAGCACAUCACGUCAAUGAAGGCGACGACGAACUGCGGGCAAAUAGAGAAGCCCUGAGCAACGUUUCGGCCAAACGGUUGACUGAGGACGAGAUACUCGGCCAGUGUUUCCUGUUUUUUAUUGCCGGCUACGAAACAAGUGCGACAACACUGUCCUACUGUAUGUAUGAGUUGGCAUUGAAUCCCGAAUUUCAGGAACGUCUAUUUGAAGAGAUUAACUGUGCGGUUGGUAAAAACGGGAAAAUUGACUACGAAUUACUGUCUAGUCUACCGUUUCUCGAUUCCCUGAUAUCCGAAACACUGCGAAAAUAUCCACCUGCGCUGCGACUGGAACGGGAGGCCCAGGAGAACAUAGAUCUGGGAGAUACCGGUAUACAACUGGAAAAGGGUGCCCUAUGCGAGAUUCCUAUCUAUGCUAUACAUCACGAUCCAGAGUAUUAUCCCGAACCCGACCGAUUCAAUCCCGAUAGGUUUAUGCCAGAAAAUCGUCAUCUACUCCGGCCAUACACAUACCUGCCAUUUGGUGUCGGUCCCCGUAAUUGUAUUGGUAUGCGAUUUGCACUGUUGGAGGGAAAACUGGCGUUGGCUAAACUAUCGCAACGGUUUCGGUUUAAACGAGUCCCGGAAACUGAUGUACCCGUUGUCUUCAAUAUAGGAGAGGACGGAAUCCGGGCCCGACGUCUAUUGGUACCUAAGGGUUCACAUGAGGGAAAGCACAGUGCUUUCCCCCAUAUAGCUGUGUCACGGAGAGGGGGUUCACGUGAUCACGUGACUCCACCUAACCUAACCUAA